CUCUGUUGUAAUUAAAGUGAAAAAUAUUAUAAAAAACGAUGGACCGUUUUUGCAGUUAUUGUGGGGCAAGGAGACAACUGGAGUUUGAUCGUCCAUUGGAUCGCUGUAGCAAAUGUGAUAAAUUCCCAUUUAUAUUAUCGCACGAAGUAAAGUCAGCGUCGGUAUUGCGGUGUUCGGUGUGUACUGCUUAUAUCUGCGCGAUAAACAGAUAUUGCGAAAUAUGUGGACAUACGGUGGAAAACAGCAAACGGAUAAGGGGCGAAAGAGCUGGACAAAUGCAAAUGGCAGGAAAAAUUCAGGCGAAAAAAAUGGAAGCUAUCGAACGGAGAAAAAGACGAAAACUGGAAGCUGAGUGUUCAUCGUUCAGUGCCUCAACCCCAUCCACAAUGACAUCACUUUCGCCGUCAAAAAAGUCAUCAUCUAAUCCGUUAUCAUUUUCAUCCAACGAUGAUGAGGAUGUAGACAAUUUGUUGUCGCAAAUACCGGAUUCGGAAUUGUCGCAAAUACAGGAUUCGCAAAAACCGGAUUCGGAAUUGUCGCAAAUACAGGAUUCGGAAGCAAACCCAGAGUGAAUCUAUAAUAUGUAAUUAUAAUUAG